CCAGUGCUAUAACCUAAAAAAUGCAAGGACGUGGGUACACACUUAAUCAUGUUGAUCUGUCAGUUUGAGAUUGAUCUCGUUGCGUAGUUAUAUUGAUGAAAGUACGGAUUGAAGAUGUCUGGCUCCACAAAGUAUCACCUACCUGUCUCAUCAACAGCUCAUCCCUCUGUACGAGAAUGUAUACUGAACAAAUGGGGAUGUGUGGUGGUUGUUGCAACUAUGCUUUAUAAUUUCUUGCUGAAUGGACUCUUGUUUAACUACAACCUACUGUUUGUCGCAUUUCAGGAAGAAUUCGAAAGCAGCGCCACAUUAACAGGUUGGAUUGGCUCUCUACCUCUCGGUAUCUCCCUCAUGGUCGCCCCGUUCAUCAAACUAGCUUCGGAAAGAUUCGGCUAUAGAUCGGUUUCAAUCGCUGGCGUUGUUUCGACUUCGGCGGGCGUUUUAGUGACGUCAUUUUUGCCUCGUCUCCUACCGAUGUUUGGAACUUUUGGUGUUAUGAAUGGAAUAGGAGCAGGGCUUUUCACAGUUUGUGCUUUUGAUCUGAUAGUCUUGUAUUUUCCUGAGAGGAAUACAAUUACAGCUGUGGCAUUAGCCUCUACAGGUUCUACAGCAGGAAUGCUGGUCUUCUCGCAAAUUAUGGCUCUCCUCAUAACAAGGUUUGGUUGGAGGGUCACACUACGAAUCAUGGCAGCACUUCAUUUUGGCAUUGGUUUUCCCAGUGUCCUAACGUUUUCUGUCCCCAAACAUCCCCGCAGUAAGAAAGAAAAUAAUAACACAUUUAUGAAACUCGAACCAACGGGUGAUUCUUCCAGUGAUAAACCACUAUUACAUGAAAAAUCUAGAGAAGAAAAUGUCAAUUCUCCGGACAAGGCAAGUGACGCAUGUCAAGUAGACAGCAGAGAAUUGGCGACCGACGUCGAAGUUCGUAGAACAGAGGAAAGACUCCACGACGAUGGAGUUGAGAGAUGUUUCCUGACCGAUGAACAAACGUCUGGUCGUGGUUCGAAGAAUUCUGAAGAUAGUGAAGAAAACCCAGAGUUGGAUAGGAAUGCUUUGUCUCGAACUGCUUCUACCACACCCAAGGCAGUGGAAAUGAUCCCCGCAAUCAACUCUUCGAAUAGGAACACCCUCACUCAAGAUACACGGGAUAAGAUGACCGAGCUACGGAAUGAUUACACCGUGACAUCGAUGACCGAUUGUAAUGAUGACUGUGAUGAAUAUGAAAUUUCUCCUUUCACAGUGAAAGAUAAUGAUGGCAUAAAGGCACUUUCAGAGUUAACCAAAGACAAGGAUCGGAGUAUGCUUUGGAGGAUUGGAAAGGCUUUGACCUUCCCUGACCUAUGGAUGGCCUCUCUUUCAUAUAUCCUAAUUGGAAUAGGAAGUUGUUUCUUUUAUGUCAAUGUGAUCAGUUAUUUGAUGUCUGUUGGGUUUGAUGAACAGAUAGGAGUGCAGUUUGUGUCUUUCAUGGCCUUGUCUAGUCUUGUGGGUAAAGUUUUGUUGGUCGUGAUUGGAGAGUAUGUACCAUUCCCGAGAAUCUACCUAGAGGUCAUCUCUAAUCUCAUCUGUAUCAUCGCCCUAAUCUCGUUUAUGUUUGUAACGAGUGUCAUACCUCUAAUGUGCAUCGCAAUAGCUGUUGGAAUAGCCAUAGCGAUUGAUAACGUGGUCGUUUUCAGUCUUGCCCCUGAUCUAUUUGGAAAAGAGAAGGCAUUGGAAACAUCCGCAGUACUGUACCUCAGCUACGGCUCCGGAUUCCUACUUGGGUCUCUUGUUGGUCAGAGCAUCGAUCAAACAGGUUCGUAUGAGAGCGCCCUACUUGCUUUCGUCGGUGUAUUUGCUACAUCUGGGGUCCUGCUGCUGCUUACGCCUCUUUACCAACGUUACUUCGCACCUGAGCGAUUUGUUACCUUCAUUAUUCACCGGCGAAAGAUGGAGGCAAGAAAGAAGAGGAGUACAUCCACCAAAGGUGAUAACAAAAACGAACAAAAUCUCGAGAAAGAAAAAAAGCACUCUCCUACCUUAUAAAGCCGAUACCCCGAACAUCAUGAUCAUCCACCAUUCCGGGCCACCAUUCCAUGAUAUUCACUUGAUUCUUAAGAGAGCUAACUUGUGUAACGCUGUCGAUUUCAUAUGGGCACAGUUAUAGGGCAUAAGAUUUGAGUAGACUUUGAGUAGACUUUUUAACGAUUCCGUCAAGGCUGGCAACUUUCAUAAAACCAUGAAAACUGUCCCCUCGGGUUGUCGAUCGUAUGUAAAACUCACAAAAAGUUUGGAAAUCUGACUUUGAUCGAUAAUCCCUCCUCGGUUUUAGUGAAUAUUAAUGUGUAAUUGAUACCACGAAUAAAGCAUUUAAUUGUCUUUAAAAUGAUACCCUACAUGUACAUGGUAUGAUUAUGGUUCACACCGAGGGGCAGUGCCUUGAAAUGUGGGGGCACCGCCUUUAUUCAAAAGUUGCCAAAUGAAAGUCUCUGUUCUUUUUUUCCUUGGAUGAUGAGUGAGUUUCUCAGCGGUUUCUUUUGUUUUCAUACACCUAAACAUCAACAUUAACGUGGAAUCAAACACCCCUCUGCACAAGCAAACACAUAACAAACAAACAUGCAUGGGUAUUUUAAACCACAACUCAAACCAUGUUCUCACAGAACCAUCACUACAUAAACCACAACACAUCAAAAAUGAAGAAGAAGGGGUCUCUAUUGACAAAAG